AUGUCAAAGAAGCCAAGCAAUGAGGCGAGGGCCGGGGGACUUCCCGCCCAGGUGGUGCCCGAACCGACUGCACCUCCUGCGAUAGCACAACCCUCUCCUGCUUCAGAGUCAAUGUACCCUGCUCUUCCUUCUCUCUCGGAAGAGUCUUCCUCGGGGCCAUCUACUCAGGAUGUUAACAACAAGGACGCUGACGGGGAUACAGACAUGGGAUAUAAAGACUUCAGUCAUAAGGACCGUGUGAAGCUGGUCCAGGCGAUCCUCAGUGCUCAAAAAGACCCAUCCGAAAUUAGGCGUGCGUGGGAAAACGCGAUGCCUCAGAAUACGAGCGUCAAGUACAAGGAACUGAAAUUCAUUCUUCAUCCUGACAGGUAUCCAGAUCCAGAGAUGAAGAAAAAGGCAGAUGCGGCUUUUGGAUUGGUACAGUGGGCCGAAACAGGGUCCGCGCGACUCUUCCCAGGAGAAAUCAACAAGAACGACCAAUUCUAUCAGGGAGCAGCUGCAGCUAAGCUACACGUUGAAGGAGAGCUCUCUCCAUAUCAUAGAAAGCUUCAUACCGAUGCAACUGGUACCCUGAGAGUCCUUUACUCCGGAGUCCAAGAGGACCCAAGACUUGAUAUCAAGAGCGCAGCUUACCCGGAGAACAUCAAAGCUUCUGUGAAAACUCUCGACGAUGCGAAUGCAUACAUGAGAAAGAAGAACAUCGAGGGAGGAAAAGAUACAGACCUUAGGAUUAUUCGUUAUAACAGCUUAUUAGGGCAAUGGAGAGUAGCCGCUCUUCAACCAGAACUGAAGCAUCUCAUAAUGCAAGCCGUCGAACAGUUCUGCCAGGCGCAAGGAUACCCAAGUGAAUGGGCAGACUUAUCUCGUACAGCUACCAACUCGGCGGAAGGUUCUCAGAGAGGACCAGCAGCACAAGCAUCUCAGUCACUAUUGGCAGCACAAGCAUCUCAGCCAGGAUCGGCACCACAAGCAUCUCAGUCAGGAUCGGCACCACAAACAUCUCAGCCAGGAUCGGCAGCCCAAGCAUCUCAGCCAGGAUUAGUACCACCAGGAUCUCAGCCGGGGCUGGUGCCACAAUCGACCAAGUCAAUGGGGCUUCAGCUACAUCAUACAUCUGCAGGAGGUCCAACACGCACAAUUACAUUAAUACCACGAAAGGUCAGCCGUUUGAUCAAUCCUGGUUAUACCUCUACCGGGGAAAAAAUUCAAAUGGUGCAGUCUCUUGGAAAGGUCGGCGCACGGUUCGUGACUGAGGAUGCAAACGGCAGAGUACGUCUUGUGUCAAGUGCAGCAGCUGGAGGCCACAUAGCUAUUGAAGGGGCAAAAUCUGUCGGUAUUCCUUACACCAUGAGAGGCGAAGAAGAAGUGAGGGACCUCAGUGACCACAUUCGGAGUAGCAAAAAUUGCGAGCACGGCCUGAAGUGGGUCGCAGUUAGGGAAAUAAGCCCUACACGCGAUAGAUGUCCAUAUAUCGUCGUUGGAUUCUAUUAUCAAGGGAAUGACGGGAACUUUGAGGGUCCGGUUGGCCUCUCAAGAUCAUCACUGAAGAAGGUUCUCUCGGCAAAGGAAGCGGACAGAAUGAUUACGGAGGCUAUGGGCUUUGAUCCUGAUAUCUGCUUAGAGGAUGCUAUAUCGGGACUGUCUGGCCUGACGUUAAAGCCCAAGAGAUACCAGUCACAGCGUGGGAUAUUGGGCUUACCUAGUACAGGAGAUGCCAACUACUUCCCUCCCAUGCAACAACAAAUUGAAGCCGGUUCCAGCGUACCCCAGAUGCCGCAAUUCCCGCAAUUCGGACAUAGUAAUUCGCAAAAUGGUCUGCCGAUAAGCACACAGCAACCGCUUAAUAUGCAGUAA